AAUUUUUUGCUUUUGUUUGAGAGAGUUCAAAGGGUCACACGAUACGAGCAAAGGAGGAGGAGGUUUAUAAAGGUUGGUUGGUGGUGAGUGGUGGAGGUCUAAAGUGAGUUGGGUCAUUAUAGUUGGGAAUCAAAUAGGUAGUGAGGGACUCUGGAAUAGUGUGGAAGAAUGUACAGUGGCGGUGGCGGCGAGAUGGACGGCGGGGUUGUAAUGACGAGGGAUCCGAAGCCGAGGCUGCGGUGGACGGCCGACCUGCACGAGCGCUUUGUGGACGCCGUCACCAAACUCGGCGGCCCGGAUAAAGCAACUCCCAAGUCAGUGCACAGAUUAAUGGGCUUGAAGGGCUUGACACUGUACCAUUUAAAGAGCCAUCUUCAGAAAUAUAGAUUAGGGCAACAAAUGCGGAGACAAAAUAGCGACGACAACACCAGACCAAGCGAUGGAACUCCACAUGUUCAAUUUAGUCCCUCCGGGAUGGCCAUUAGUUCGUCGCAAGCUGGUCACCUACAGCCAGGCAGAGAAAUCCCAAUUGAGGAGACAUUGAAGUGUCAGAUGGAAGUCCAAAAGAGGCUACAAGAACAACUUGAGGUGCAAAGAAAGUUGCAGAUGAGAAUGGAGGCCCAAGGGAAGUACCUGCAAGCAAUUCUAGAGAAAGCCCGAAAGAGCAUCUCGCUCGAUGCGAGCGAUCCUGCGAAUCUAGAGGCCGCAAGAGGCCAAAUAGGCGACUUCAAUCUAGCCAUCUCCAACUAUGUCGACCCCGCUUGUGAAGAAACAAGCGGCGGUGGCGGAGAGAGGAACAGCAGCAACUUCGUCGACAUGAUGCUGGGCAUGAAAGAAGAGCUGUACGGGAGAGGAGGACAUCAGAAUCAUGGCUCAGCAUUCCAGAUUUAUGAAGGAGAGAGACCACAGACGCAGGAUGUUGAGGCCAAGAGGCCAGGAGGGUCGUCGAUGAUUCAUUUUGACUUGAAUAUCAAAGGCGGGCAUGACUUUCUUGGAGCAAAAUCAGAGCCCAACAUGAUGCUUUAGGCCAAUAAAAAGGAAAGAAUCGUGGAGCGUCAAGCACACAAGCACUCCACUUUUGGCCGCCUCUAAUGUUCCAUGUAGGUUAAGCUUCAUUGUUAUACUAUAUCGAUAUUUUAUUAUUAACACACGGACACGACCGUAAUCAGGAGUUGUAUUGUAUAUUAGCUUGGUUGAUUUCUU